GCGAACGAACGAAGAAGACAGACAGACAGUUGAGUUGAGACCGCAGCGAAGGCCAGACGUGUCUCCGGCGUCGUCUUAGCCCGUUCACUUGUUCACUUCCAGGCGGCCGUUGCCCAAGAAAUGUGGUGAUUUCCGCGCGUAGCACCCCUAGCAGCAGCAGCAGACCCGAGCCAGGAUACUCGUGCAGUGCCAGCCAGUGUGUUUGUGUUUUGUGUGUGAUUGUGCCCCGGUGCUAGUCCAGCCUUGCCCCGCUCCGCCAUGCCGUGCUCCGCGGUUACCUUGUCGCUAGCGACCAUCACGGCCGUGAUCGCCGCCGCCCUGCUGUCCAUCGCCUUCUCCACGGAUAACUGGCAGUACAUCGAGGUGAAGCGAGCGCAGAUCCAGCAAUAUGCCGCCAAGCGGGGAGGGCAGGAGAGCCUCCUGGAGAACAUGAACAACAAGUACUACUACUACACGAGGACCAAGGGGCUCUUCCGCAUCUGCUACCCCAAGGAGAGGCCGCCUACUGUGGAAACGUACCUGAGCCCCGUGGAGACCCACUGCCACAACAUCGACUACUUCAUCCCAGACGUGGACAACCAGACCAAGCUGCUGUCCGAGGACGCUAUGACUCGUCUCCACAUGGGCCGCUCCAUGAUCGCCCUCUUCAUCGUGGCCUUCCUCAUGGUGUUCGUGGCCUUCUGGACGGGCGUGGCCGGGUGCUGGCGCCGUUCCCCGGGCAACAUCACGUCCACGGCGAUUCUCAUUCUCCUCGCUUGCCUCCUGAGUGCUGGUGCAAUGGGUCUUUGGCACGGGGUUGAAUAUUACGAGAAGGAGAAGGUUGUCGGAGAGGAUUUCUACCAGCAGUGGAACAAUGUUCUGCGCGAUGAGACUCAUAUGUGGUAUGACUGGUCCUACAUGCUGGCAUGGAUCGGUGUGGGUUUUUCACUAGUGUCAUCCACACUCUUCUUCUCUGCCGCUACCUGCCUCCGAUCAGAGAAAGACUCUGAGAAAGCCAACAAUGUGCAGUAUAUUAUGCCAGUGUACCCCCAGAAGCAACAGUACGCUGCCUACCCUGGCUAUCCCGCUCCUCCUGCUGCUUACCCUGGUCCCUAUUACCAUGGUUCCCAGUACGGCCCCUACAACUACUAGAAUUGACAUGAAGAAAAAACUGCAGCUAAGCUGCUGACUGCCAAACUUGUGUGGAGGUGGUGCUAUUGGCCAAGUUUCAUAGCAUCGCUCCUGUGUAGAAAUCUCAACUUGACCGAAGUCAAAGUGAAUGUACUGUCUGUGAUGUGACAUGUCUUCAGUGCAUUUAUGAUUGUUCAAUUGUUUCCUUUUUAUCUUUGACAAAUAAUGAUUCUUUUUCAUUUCUUAUACCUUUGGCCCUGCUAUUUUCUCAGUUGUGUUUGUAAAGUGUGUUCUUUUCCCAUGUGAAUGCAUGAAAAAGCAAUCCAUCUAUGUGCAAAUAGAAAUAUAUUUAGUUGGAAGCUCUCUAGGACAUGCAAAGGGAAAAUAAUCUGCUCAACGAUAACAAAUGCAUAAUCUGUAAAUACUUUUUGGGUAGAAAUUAAGAUUCAACAGUUAUUAUUAAUUUGGUUGUCACGAACAAUUAUGUAGUAAGUUGCCAUUUUGUUCUAUUUCUUCUUAUGAGCUACCAUGAAAUAGGCUUCAUAUGAUUUCAAAUUCAGGGAGUAGGUCUGUGUUACUCUGUGAGGCUCAAACAGUUUUUUUUUGUUUUUUUUGUACAAGAAUUGUCACAUUUGAGAAGUUGUAUUUGUAAGAGCUUACAUUUUGUACCAUCCUCAAAGUAAAACAUCUUUUGGCUGCGUGUAGAUGCAUAGACUAUCUUGUUUUCUCUGAAAUGUUCUUCCUCACUGUGAGUUACCGUAGGUCAGCUAAAAUAUUUGCAUUAUUAUGCUAUGUGCUAGUCCACUUCUGCUGUAAAGCAUGAUUAUAAUCAGAAAUCAUAUACAAUCUUAAUUAUUUUCUAUACCAACAUUUGAGCAACUGUUAUAAAGUUGUAUCCAUCAGAAUGCAACUGCAACUAUUUAAUUUUUUUGUAAGUCGCAAUUAGACCAAUCAAUUUUC